AGGAGUGGAUUAGAGCUUCCCAGUCUCCUCCCAAAACCCCUCCCUCAUAGAGCUGAGAUGUGACGGGAUUCACUGAGGAACAGACGGGGGAUUGUGUCCUGUAACUCCUCCCCCUGUGUCCCUGGCAUUCCCCUCCCCUGCACUCACAUCCCCAGCCUGGGCUACUGGAAAGAAGAAGGAGAAGCAGAAGGUUCCAGAGCAGCAUGAAGCACCCAGAGGUUAGACGCCGCAGAAUUCCGUGGUUCCUCUGAUGCCUUAGACCCACCCAAGGAGCCAGGGUGCAGGGUGGCUAUGGGGCGGGUGCAGUGCGACUAAGGAACAGGACAGACGGACCUCUCAGCCAAUCCAAUAGCGCCGGGGCUGCAACUCUAUAGCAGAAUGAAAUACGAGCAGCUGGACGACGGCCUCUCAGGGCAGCAGAAGUUUAUCAGAGAAGAGAAACCUUUAAUCUGUGAAGAAUGUGGCAAAAUCUUUCCUUUUAAGACCAAGCUCCUUACGCACCAGAGAGUUCACACGGGGGAGAAACCGUUCCAGUGCACGGAAUGCGGGAAAUGCUUCUCUCAGAAGGGCAGCCUCCGGGUACACGCAACCACUCACAGGGACGUGAAGCCCUUCACGUGCGCCGAAUGCGGCAAAGGUUUCUCUACAAACCAGCAGCUGAGGAUUCACCAGACGGCUCACACAGGGGAGAAACCCUUCAUCUGCACGGAAUGCGGCAAGGGGUUCCUGCGUAAGCGCUAUCUCCAUACGCACCAGGCCGUUCAUACGGGGGUGAAACCAUACACCUGUGGGGAAUGCGGUAAAAGUUUUUCAGAAGAGAACAGGCUUCGGCGACACCAGAGAACUCACACAGGGGAGAAACCCUAUCAAUGCACCGAAUGCGGGAAAUGCUUCCCGGAGAAGUCCAGCCUUGUGGUACACGAGCGGGUACACUCUGGCGCCAAGCCCUUCUCCUGCUCAGAAUGCGGCAAAGGUUUCUCUAUUAAAUCCCAACUGGUGAUUCACUGGAACACUCACACCGGCGCCAGGCCUUACUCCUGCCCCGUUUGUGACAAAGGUUUCCAUCAAAAAAGUCAUCUUCGGAGUCACCUGACCGUUCACACUGGAGAGAAACGUUUCUCGUGUAGAGAAUGUGGGAAAGGCUUCAAUAAUAAGAGCCACCUAUUGAGACAUGAGAGACUUCACACAGGGGAGAAACCCUUCACGUGCACCGAAUGCGGGAAACACUUCUCGGCCGAGAGCAACCUCCAAAGUCAUCACAAAACUCACACGGGGGAAAAGCGCUUUCGAUGUACAGACUGCGGCGAGCGAUUCGUUAGUAAAAAAAAUCUUUUGAUUCAUCAGAGAGAUCACUUUGGGGAGAACCCCUUCACCUGUCCACGAUGUGGGAAAAGCUUCUCGGACGAGAGCAGCCUUCAGAUACACGAGAGCGCCCACACCGAGGAGAAAGCGUUUAUCUGCACCGUGUGUGGCAAAGUCUUUAACAGUAACAGCCGCCUUUUGAGACACCAGAGAGUUCACACAGGGGAGAAACCCUUCAUGUGUUCAGAGUGUGGAAAAGGCUUCUCCGAAAAGUGGAAACUCCAACGUCACCAUAAAACGCACAGCAACCCCAAAAAGUUAAAGCUUUUAGACGUAGAGAAUGUGGAAAAUGUUUUUCUAGCGCUGCAAACCUGCUCCCCCACAAGGAAAGUCUCGUAUACAUGUGAAUGGUUUCUCCCCCGUGUGGACUCUCUGAGACGAGACUUCCCAGAAAUCUCAGCCAGCGCUUGGAUACAAGGAGCAAUAAGAACGAGCUGGGGUAUUGCCUCUCCUUCACACAGGCAAGCGUAUAAGCGUAUCAGAGGCAAGCAAAGCUUUAGUGCCAUGGUUAUUCCACAUCCCCAAAGCGAACUUCACUCAGCAGCAAAAAAGUUCAAGUGCCCAGAAUGUGGGAAAAGAUUCUUAAGAAAGAAUGAACUUAAUACUCACUGGAAAUUCCACACAGGGGAGGAACCAUUCACCUGCACUGAAUGUGGGAAAGGCUUCAAUUUUUAUGCGAGCCUUCAGAGUCACUUGAGGAUCCACACGGGGGAGAAACCCUACACGUGUACAGAAUGCGGGAAAUGUUUCUCGGAAAAUGGAGACCUUAGAAAACACCAGAGAAUUCACACAGGGGAGAAACCCUAUGCCUGUUCAGAGUGUGGGAAAACAUUUACUUUGAGCGGUAGUCUUCUCAAACACCAGCAUGUUCAUACAGGAGUGAAACCUUUUACAUGUAAAGAAUGUGGGAAAGGCUUCACCUUCCGCAGCCACCUGUCCAUUCAUGUGAGAACCCACACAGGGGAGAAACCAUUUUCUUGCACUGAAUGUGGUAAAUGUUUUAAUGUUAAGAGUUAUCUUCGAAUUCACCAGACUACUCACACAGGGGAGAAACCAUUCACAUGUACAGAAUGUGGGAAAGGCUUCUUAGCAAAGAGCGGUCUCCUUACCCACCAGAGACUCCACACAGGAGAAAAACCUUUUACUUGCACAGAAUGUGGGAAAGGCUUUAUUACAAUGAGUUUUCUAAAAACACACCAGAAAGUCCAUAUAGGAGUUAAAGAUGAUAUCCCAUGUACAGAAUGUGGGAAAAUAUUUACCAGUAAGAAAGGCCUUCACUUGCACCUGAGAACUCACACAGGGGAGAAACCAUUCACCUGCACUGAAUGUGGGAAACGCUUCACUCACAAGAACACCCUUGUGCUCCAUGAACGGCUCCACAGAGGAGAAAAACCUUUUACUUGCACAGAAUGUGGGAAAGGCUUUAUUACAAUGAGUUUUCUAAAAACACACCAGAAAGUCCAUAUAGGAGUUAAAGAUGAUAUCCCAUGUACAGAAUGUGGGAAAAUAUUUACCAGUAAGAAAGGCCUUCACUUGCACCUGAGAACUCACACAGGGGAGAAACCAUUCACCUGCACUGAAUGUGGGAAAAGCUUCUCUUGUAAGAGCCACCUUCUCAGUCACCAGAAGAUUCACACACGGAGUAAAGUGUUUAAAUGCACAGAAUGUGACAAAUGCUAUGCCACUAAGCAAGGCCUGGAAUAUCACUUAAGUGCCCACACUGGAGAGAGACCCUUCCCAUGUACAGAAUGCGGGAAGUGCUUCCAUAAUAGACAAGUCCUCCAGAAACACACACUCAUUCACUUACAUUUGAAACCUUUCACGUGUGGAGAAUGUGAGAAAUGCUUCAGUAGGAAAAGCAACCUUGACAGACACCAGAGAGUACACACAGGGGAGAAACCAUUCACCUGUACAGAGUGUGGGAAAGGCUUCACUCACAAGGAGCACCUUAAGAGACACAUGAUCAUUCAUACAGGGGAGAAACCAUUCACGUGUACAGAAUGUGGGAAAACGUUCCCUUAUGAGAAGAGUCUUCGUGUACACCAGGCUGCCCAUACCGGGGAGAAGCCUUUUACUUGUACCGAGUGUGGGAAAAGCUUCUCUCAGAAAGGAAACCUUCGGGCCCACCUGAAGCUGCACCCAAGGGAGAAACCUCUCACGGGCACAGAGUGAGGGAUCAGUCGCCCCUAAAUACUCUCCUACUGCAGCUCAGUAUUCACUCUGAGGAGAAACCCCAAUAAGCAUUCACAGUGUGACCCCCAUACCCAGGCACAAGGUGAUUGUUUUCUAAAUGAUAUACCUCAAUAAAUAAAAUACAAAUUAUCAGUAGGUUUAGA